GAAAAACGUUCGUGAUUGGCUGAAAGUUUCAGGGCUGCUCUUUGAAUUGUGACGUUUAGUUCCCGGUGACAUUGGAUUAAAUUAGUACGUUGAACCUGUAGCUACCUGUCUGUCUACUUAAGGUCUCUGCGACGAAUUAAACCAGCGAUAUGGCUGACGAUGGCGGUGACAGAGACACACAGAGUCAUGAGGACGAUGUGGAUAGUUUUUCCAUUCCGUUUAAGAGUAAGACUAAGAAAAUAAAGCCGGACGCCAGACGCAGUGGCAGAGAUGAAACAGAUUUAGAUUGCCACCGCUACAGGAUGGACUACCCUUCCAUCGGGACCUGUUUGAUUAUCAACAAUAAGAACUUCCAUAGGAGUACCGGGAUGAGUAUGCGCAAUGGGACCGAUGUUGAUGCCUCUUGCGCAUUGAAGACCUUCAGCUCUCUCGGUUACAAGGCCACAGUUGUAAAUGACCAGACUGUGGCUCAGAUGAAGGAGCUCUUGAUAAAAGUGUCCAAGGAGGACCACAGUGAGAAUGCAUCCUUUGUGUGUGUGCUGCUUAGUCAUGGAGACGAGGGAGUGAUAUAUGGCACAGAUGGUUUUGAAAAGUUCGACACCCUGACAAAGUGUUUCAAAGGGAAUCAAUGUAAGGGUCUGCUGGGAAAACCCAAACUCUUCUUCAUUCAGGCAUGCCGUGGUAUGAGCCUGGAUGAAGGAGCUGAUAUCGAGACCGACAGUGUGAGUGAGUCAACAUCAGAGAAGAUUCCUCUGGAGGCGGACUUCUUGUAUGCCUUCUCCACAGCUCCAGGCUACUAUUCAUGGAGAAACACAUCCUGUGGCUCCUGGUUCAUGCAGUCAUUGUGUGAGGCUUUGCAGGAGUAUAGAGGACAAUUGGAGCUGAUGCAGAUCAUGACCCGAGUCAACUAUAAGGUGUCUCGGAAGUUUGAAUCUUCUUCAAGCACGCCUGGAUUUAGUGGCAAGAAGCAGAUCCCAUGCAUCGUCUCAUUGUUGACCAAGGACUUUUACAUUCCUUAACUGGGUCCAAAGUGAGUGUGCUGGUGUUGCCAGUUUCAUAUCAUAUAUUUUCCCUUUGAGGGUAUUUUCGUUUUAGGCUUUUAAUGGGAUUUUCAACCAGUCUUAAUUCUAUCUUCCUUACUUUAAAAGGAAAGAAAUAUGAAACUGUGAUUUUUUUCCAUGGGUGUGUACUCCAUCACUCACAUACUUCUUUUAAUUGUAUUUUUACCAGAUAAACAUUAAUUUUAACACACACAACGUAGCUUAACUAAACAACUAAAUGAUGGUGACAGUGUCUCCUGAGGGGUUUCUACAUAGACAUAAUAACUUGGAUUGUACCUAAUCAUUUUCUGUGAUGAUUACAAACAAGUUGGCUUUUUUAUAAUUCCUUGAAUAUCAGUACCAUUUACAUUUAAUGUUUUAUACAUACAAGAAUAGAUUAUAAACAGGUUUACUUAAUUUAAAGUAACCACUGUACAAAUGGACAGUGAAAUUCUGAGAACAACUAUCUGAUGUAAAACAUGUAAACCACAUAAAGAUUCUUCUUCUUCUCUUUCA